AUGAUUUUCAUUAUUAUUUGUAUCCUUUUUUUUCAACAACUACAAAACGAUCGAGUUCUUGCUGCUAUUGCUAAUGUCAGCGCUGAUUUAGAACUUAUUCGUGUGAAUCAUAAUAUGCCUGGACUAUCUGCUUUAGCUUUCAAAAAUGGAAGUAUUGUUGCACAAGGAGCAUCAGGUUAUCGACGACUAGGUAAUCCAACACCACUUCUCGUCACUGAUCGUAUUAAUCUUGGUUCAAACUCGAAAUGGAUGACAGCCACAGUAGCUGGUCGUCUAGUUGAUCAAAAUGCUUUUCGAAAUGCUACUUUAGAACAAUUCUUAGCACAUCGUUCCGGUGUACAACAAAGUACUACUUUCUAUAGUCGUUACUAUGAUGCAUUAUUAGCACAAAAAGGUACCUUUUGUCAAAUUCGUUAUUGGGUUACUGAAACUGUUCUAAAAGAUGUUCCAGAAGUUCAACCGGGUGAAUUUCUUUAUGCGAAUCAAGGUUAUGCUGUUGCUGCUGCUAUGAUGGAACAAAUAACUGGUCGAGAUUGGGAAUCUCUAGUGCAAGAACAUGUCUUUACUGCAUUACAAAUGACAAGUGCUACUAUUGGUGUAGUUUAUGAUGACAUUAUUCCACCUAAAACACCAGUUGGUCAUGAUUUAGCUCCUAAUAAAACAAUACCUGUUCCACGUCCGCUUCCCAGUUCUAUCUUCUUGCGCAAUGAUCAAGCUGCAACAGGUCCUGCUGGUUAUAUUGCUUGUACAAUGCAAGAUUGGGUUAAAUUU